AAACUCGUUCUAGUAAAGUCUGCAUAACUCAGAAGCAUUACACUGUGCUGUGUUUUGCGUUGCGUUGCGUUGCGUGUGAAGUGUGAGAACUCGUGAGUUCGCAAUGGCAGGUUCAGGUGUGGAGUGGCACGUGCGUCCACCAAACCCUAAAAAUCCAAUCGUCUUCUUCGAUGUUACCAUCGGUAACAUCCCUGCUGGUAGAAUCAAAAUGGAACUCUUCGCUGAUAUUGCUCCCAAAACAGCUGAAAAUUUCAGGCAGUUCUGCACGGGGGAGUACAGGAAAGCAGGUCUUCCUAUUGGUUACAAGGGUUGUCAAUUUCAUAGAGUGAUUAAGGAUUUUAUGAUUCAGGCUGGUGAUUAUGUAAAGGGUGAUGGUAGUGGAUGUGCUUCCAUCUAUGGACUAAAGUUUGAUGAUGAAAAUUUUACUGCCAAACACACUGGACCUGGUCUUCUAUCAAUGGCAAAUAGUGGACCAAAUACCAAUGGUUGUCAGUUCUUUAUAACUUGUGCAAAAUGUGACUGGCUUGACAACAAGCAUGUUGUUUUCGGGAGAGUGCUUGGAGAUGGUCUUUUGGUAGUGAGGAAGAUUGAGAAUGUUGCAACUGGACCCAAUAACCGGCCAAAAUUAGCUUGUGUCAUUGCUGAAUGUGGUGAAAUGUAAAUUUCAGAGUAACUUCACUAACAAACUAUAGUUCUCUAAAUUGAUUGAAUCCCAUAGAUAUGUGGGCUUUCUAUACAAGGAUAUUUCUUUCUGGUUAGUGAAGCUAUAUCUUGUAAUACUGAUAAUUUUGUCGCGGAUUAGUUGAAUAGCACUGCUAAUUGAAUAAUCGUGUUUGGGAAUUGUAGAAUGCAUCUUUUUUGUCCAAAACCAUUCAUUUGUGAUGAUAAAAUUUGUAUUCCGGCGGCAUAUGUAGAAUAAGUGGAGAUGCUUCAAUUCAGUGUGAUUCUGGAGAA